AAACCCAUAUCACAAGCAAAUUUGUGGGAACAGUGUAAGUUGAUACCUCAAUUCUAAAUAAUCAAUUUAUUCUUCAAAAAAAAAUUAAGGAAAUAAUUGUGUUAAAUGUAUACCAUGCAGUGGAUACAUGCCACCAGAAUACAUCAAUAGAGGCGCAAUCACAACGAAGUUUGAUGUAUUCAGUUUGGGCGUUAUAAUCGUUCGGAUAGUGGCAGGACAUGAGGGCUAUUCCAAAUUUGAACAAAUGUCUCCUCAAGAAUUUAUUGAGCAUGUACAUGAAAACUGGAGAAAACGGCUGCAGGAAACAAUGUCAUCGUACACAUCAGAGCAAGUUAAAACAUGCAUUGAAAUAGCGUUAAGGUGUGUGGAGUUUGACCGAGAGAAAAGGCCUACCAUAGCGGAUAUUGUCGAUGAAUUGAAUAAGAUUGAGGGUGCUGGAAGUUCAGCUAUAGGCAAGAUCUCAGAAGAAACUGAGCACGCCCCGGAAAAACAACUAGACAUUGAAGAACAAAAAAUAAAGUGUACAAAAGAGCAUACCAGAUACGCGAGAACAAACCGCAUUUCCACUCUCGUGAAGUAUCAUGCAGCAGAGUCAAUCGGUUUCGUAAUUGGUGCCAUGGUCUCCCUCUGUCUGACCCCCAAGCUGGUCGAGCUCCCCAGCGACGAGUACAACUUGCAUGCGAACUGCAAGAAAGAGGUAGAGUACCUCUACAAAGAGUUGGUGAGCAUGCAAGCUGGCCCGCGCGACCUGGCCAAGGUGCCGCGGAACCAGCUGGAUGAUGUCGUUAAGCUCUGGGCCGAGGAAGUAAAGGACCUCCCAUAUCAAGAGGAGAAUACUGUUGACCUGGACGAGGUGCCGCGGGAUCAGCUGAAUGGUGUUCUUAAGCUCUGGGCCGAGGAAGUAAAGGAUCUCUCAUAUCAAGAGGAGAAUACCGUUGACCUGAACGAGGUGCCGCGGGACCAGCUGAGUGGUGUUGUUAAGCUCUGGGCCAAGGAAGUAAAGGACCUCUCAUAUCAAGAGGAGAAUACCGUUGAGCUGGACGAGGUGCCGCGGGACCAGCUGUAUGGUGUUGUUAAGUUCUGGGCCGAGGAAGUAAAGGAUCUCUCAUAUCAAGAUGAGAAUACCGUUGAGCUGGACGAGGUGCCCCGGGACUAGCUGAAUGGUGUUGUUAAGCUCUGGGCCGAAGAAGUAAAGGACCUCUCAUAUCAAGAGGAGAAUACCGUUGACCUGGACGAGAUGCCGUGGGACCAGCUGUAUGGUGUUGUUAAGCUCUAGGUCGAGGAAGUAAAGGACCUCUCACAUCAGGAGGAGAAUACCGUUGACCUAGCCGAGGUGACGCAGGGCCAGCUGGAUCAGGCGGUGAAUACCGUUGAUUCCUUUCUGGUGCGCUUACCUCGCAUGUCUCUGUCACGCCUGUGACGAUGGGAAGCACCUCAUCAACUCCUUUUUUAGACAAAGCACCUCAACAACUACUACAUCCACUACAUGACUCAAGGCUGGCCCAUCGUCAGCGGCCCGUGGGCCAGCACAGCUACGGAGGAGCACCCUAUUCGGAGACCCACCAAGGAGGCUUGACCACCUGCGUGUGCAUUGGGGCCUAGCCCAUGUAACGCUUGCUUACUUAGCCGCCGCCCUGCGUAGAGGGAUCCGCAUCGAUGAACCCUAACCUGAAUCCCACUGUUCUUCCCCAAAACACUCCUCUCUCUCUCUCUCUCAUGCUAUUCUGUAUGCAAUUCCUCUUCCAGGAAUACAAAUUGAGUAGUGGGGUGUUACAAUUGGUAUCUAGAGCCACCGAUCUCACGUGU